AAAAACCAAAGCUCCCAGAGAACUACCAGCAACAAACAUGGCUGAUGUUGAAGGAAGCAGUGGAGGCCAUUCACAAGAAAUGUUCCAUAAAGUCAAGUUUAGAAGAAUUGUAUAAGGCUGUAGAAAACAUGUGCUCUCACAAGAUGUCAGCCACUCUGUAUGAGAACUUGAAGACAGUGUGUGAGGAUCAUGUCAGGGACAAUAUACACCAAUUCCUGGGAGAAACGAUGGACAGUGGCCAGUUCCUGAAGUUAAUGGACACUUGCUGGCAGGCCCACUGUGAACAAAUGAUAAUGAUAAGAAGUAUAUUCCUGUUCCUGGAUAGAACAUAUGUGUUACAGAAUUCCACCAUUGCUUCUAUCUGGGACAUGGGUCUAGAGCUGUUCCGUGUGUACAUCAUCAGUAACACCUUAGUCCAGACCAGAACAGUGGAUGGUCUCCUGAUGCUGAUAGAGAGAGAGAGGAACGGAGAGGCAGUGGACAGACUGCUGCUGAAAAGUUUACUGAGGAUGCUGUCAGACCUACAGAUCUACCAGGAAGCCUUUGAGGUGAAGUUCCUGGCUGCCACAGACAGAUUAUACUGUGCUGAGGGACAGAAACUCAUGCAUGAGAGAGAGGUUCCAGAGUACCUGUCACAUGUGGACAAAAGGUUGAAUGAGGAAACGGAGAGAUUGUAUCACUACUUAGAUCAGAGUACAAGGAAAUCUCUGGUUACUUGUGUGGAGAAAAACCUCUUGGAGCACCACUUAACUGCAAUACUACAAAAAGGACUUGACAUGUUACUGGAGCAAAACAGAAUCCAAGACUUGACGCUCAUGUACCAGUUAUUUAGCCGAGUGAAAGACGGCCUCAAAGAACUCUACGUGGCAUGUGCAUCAUAUAUUAAGAAAUCUGGGAAAAUGAUUGUCAUAAACCCAGACAAUGAUCCAGAUAAAGACAGAGACAUGGUACAGAGUUUGCUGGAUUUCAAGGACAGAAUAGACAAUAUAGUUGCUGUCUGCUUUGCCAAGAAUGAAAAAUUUGUGAACGCUGUGAAGGAGGCCUUUGAGACAUUUAUUAACCAAAGGCAGAAUAAGCCGGCAGAAUUUAUAGCCAAGUAUGUGGACUCUAAGCUGCGCGCUGGCAACAAGGAAGCGACGGAGGAGGAGCUAGAGAGAUUGCUUGACAAGAUCAUGGUGCUGUUUAGAUUUAUCCAUGGCAAGGAUGUCUUUGAGGCCUUCUACAAGAAAGACUUGGCCAAGAGACUGUUAGUUGGGAAGUCUGCGUCUGUAGAUGCAGAGAAAUCUAUGCUGUCGAAGUUAAAGCAGGAAUGUGGAGGUGGCUUCACCAGUAAAUUGGAGGGCAUGUUCAAGGACAUGGAGUUGUCCAAAGACAUCAUGCUGGCUUUUAGACAGCAUACCAGUAAUCUAGAUGUGCCAGGGAGUAUUGAUCUGAAUGUGAACAUCCUCACUAUGGGGUAUUGGCCCACCUAUACCCCCAUGGAGGUCCAUCUGCCCACUGAGAUGGUGAAGUAUCAGGAAAUCUUCACCAAGUUCUACCUGGGUAAACACAGCGGUAGGAAACUACAGUGGCAGUCUACGCUGGGACACUGUGUGCUACGGGCAACCUUUGCUGGGGGAGAUAAAGAACUCCAGGUGUCCCUGUUCCAAACCCUUUGUCUGUUGAUGUUUAAUGAAGGACAUGUCUUCUCAUUUGAGGAAAUAAAACAGGCAACAGCAAUAGAGGAUGGUGAACUGAAGAGAACCCUUCAGUCUCUGGCGUGUGGGCGGGCCAGAGUGCUGAUUAAGAGUCCUAAGAGCAAAGAUGUGGAUGCUGGAGAUAAGUUUAAGUUUAACAACGAAUUCAAACACAAACUCUUCAGAAUCAAGAUCAACCAGAUACAGAUGAAAGAAACUCAAGAGGAAAAUGUCAGCACGACAGAGCGCGUGUUCCAAGAUCGCCAGUACCAGGUAGACGCCGCCAUCGUACGAAUUAUGAAAACAAGAAAGCUGCUUAGUCACAAUCUGUUGAUUACAGAGCUGUAUAACCAGUUGAAGUUUCCUGUUAAGCCCUCAGAUUUGAAGAAAAGAAUUGAAAGCCUUAUAGACAGAGACUACAUGAUGCGAGACAAAGACAACCCUAAUCAGUAUCAUUACGUAGCGUAACGAUGACAUUACGUAGCGUAAAGAUGACCUGCAGUAUCACCAAGUAGCAUAAAUCUACAGAAAGCUGGCCAAAUGUUGGUCGAUGAUUAUUUUUCUGAUCAUUUUCUGUCAGUUUGGGAUAAAUCUUAGCCUGAGGGAAGAAUGUUGUUUAUGUCUCCAGUGAGAUCAUUUUAUUCGCCUUCUGGAUUUUCUGCCAUUUUGGAUCUAUUAUGCAGACAGAAUGCGGUUGUUUUUUCACCACAAGGGAGGCUGCGGAAAAUAUAAGAAAGGAACGAGGAUGAUUCUCCAUUCAGAUGGUUUUCUGUCAGUUUUGGAUAAACCUGCAGUUUGUGGAAAAGAUGCUGUUUAUUUUGCAAAGAAAGCUACAAAAGAUAAAAAAAAAAAAGAAAUACAAAAGGAAAAGCAUACUGUUCCUACUUCAGAUAACUUUGAUAACUUCUGCAUAAACCUGCAGUACUUAGACGGACUUGUGUUUAUUUCUUCUAACAGGCAGUGAAAUACAGGAAAAAAGAUAAUACUGGACACCGAUGACAGUGCAAACUGAGUCAUUCAUUUGAUGAAGGAGACUGACUAAUAUGAGAAAGAAGAGCCUCUACUUGAUUCUGAUAACUUCUCAUUAUUUUGUAGAUUGCAUGAUGCAGAUGACAGUGUCAUGGUUAUAGAUUGAGGCAAACAUCAGUGUACAAAGCUCAGGCGCAGUAUAGAUUUGUAUGAAAGGAGCCAAUUCUUAAUUCUGAUGUUUCAUUUUUUAUCACUAGAAUGGAAGCACAUUGAUAGAGUUCCUGCCAAAUAUAUAAUAUUGAGGGAAAAAAGCAUGGAGCCCUGUAUAUCCGUAAUUGACGUAUGGAAUGUAAGUUAAUAAGGAAACAUCAUGAUAAUGAGUUAAAUUUAACAGGGAUAAUCCUUUUACAAUAAAUACAAACAUACCAAGCUUUAAAAAAAAUGAAAACCAGAGAUACUGGAACUUCCCUUUAAGUUUUAUUGUUUAGAUGUCAUCUUUCUCCUCUUUGGUUUACUUGGGACAAAUAACACCCAUGUCUUUAAGACUUGUUAAUUAUCAAAUCCAUUGUGCAAAUUAUGGCUCUAGAAAUUUUUGGAGUUCUUGAUUGAGAUGGCACACCAUUUUUCUAGUGUUUUUUUUUUCUUUUCAACAGUUUUCUUUCUACUAAGUGAUUGAUAAUAAUAUAAUGAUAUUUAUCAGAGGAAUUGCAGCUUUAUCAGACCAAGUUAACAUCAUGUUCUUGUGAUUUUGUAUGCAAGAAAUUAAUGAUGCAGGACAGAAUCACAUUCAAAUACCAGCUGCAAGCAGGGGUGAACUUCUUGAUACAUUUUCCUUCGGUUGCUGCUGCUUUCACUCAGUGGCAUAAGAAAACUAUCCAUAUAUCCAGUAAUUGCACAAAAUAUCAGUCAUUUUUUGAGUUCGUCACCGAGAUGAUGAGUUAAGUUUCUCAUGAUGUUUCUUAUCUGUAAGAUAAUAUUAUGCAGUUCUUAUGCUUCAGUCCAUAAAUUUCUUUCUUUUCCUGUUAACACUUUACCCUAAUGGUCAGUUGGCAUGUUCAUAACUGAGCAAUAGGUCUCCAAGAUGACUUAUAAAGUCAAGCUGGAUAAUGUUUUUUUUUUUUUUUCAAAUUAAAUUAAUUAUUUAUUAUUUGAAAUAUAAACCUUUGAGACCCAACCAUAGCUACAACAUUGUGUCCUAAGCCUAAGGAAGGAACACUGACAACUGUGGCAAUGUUGAGAUUUUUUCUUUUGAACUGUCAAUCACAUCAAGCACAUUAUCCACUUUGCAAAGUUCAUUACCUUUACCUCUUCUGGCUCCAGCUGCCAAAUGUGUAUAUCAUUUAUUGUAUUAUACGAUUGUAAUUAACUGCUAGAGAAUGAAUAAAUGUUGUAAGAAAUUUGA